AUGGCUGCUGCUUGUAUCUCGUCACUACAACUACAACCACCACCAUCUUCUACUUCACACACCACUACCAGUACACUACCCUCACCUUGUGAAUCAUGUAUCACGUUAAACCCUUUGUCAGUGGUGCUGCAACACUUUGACUCGAGGUAUUUGUCCACCUACUUACAAGCCAGACUAGCAGUAAUAAAACAGGAGACUGACCGUACUCGGCUAAGGAAUAUAAACAAUCUUUUGCAACCCGCUGAACAAGAGGACGAAGCAGAGGACAACUCUGAGCAACUUCGUCCUACUUUAUCCAAUUUGCAACAGACUGAAAUCACCAUGAUUUACAACCAUCAAGAAAUCACUAUAAAACUAAACUCAAUACUAAGCCUAAUCAACACCUACGCAAACAAUGACAUUACAAUUGACCAACUUACAAUCAACCAUUUAUUCUUGUUCUUGUUUUACCAUCAACUUGUAUUAUUUCCAUCCAGACAACAACAAGUCUUUAUCGGUCAAUUCAAUAUCAUACACUUGGGGAAAUCAUUCGUCUUUGAAUACACAAACAACACAGCUUCCCCCAGAUCCACCAAUAACAGCAAUGGCUCACAAAGAAUACGUCCCGUACAAGACCAUUUAUUGUCUGAACUUAAAAUCAACCAGUACCCCAAAUUUUUUCUCAACAUUCGAGACACAAGCAUGUCAAUUGGCGAUCAGAAAUUGUCCUUGGUUGAAAUUGGUAACUUUAUAUCGAGGAUUGUCAAUUUUGUCGAUAAAUCAAGUGGUGGUCAAGUAACUUAUGCCGAAACGUUAAGAAUGAAGUUGAAAAGAAGUAAAUCCACUCAAUCAAGCACAACGAUAAAGAAUGACACCAUUAGAAGUGAUGAGAAAAUACCAAAGCGAACCAAAUUCAAACAAGAAGUGGUUCGUGUUUUACAUAGAUUGUAUUCGUAA